AUGUUUUUCUCAAAACUGUUUUGUCCAACCCCAGCUUGCGAUGAAAGUGCACAGCAGCAGCAGAUAAGAAUAAAGUGUAAAUUAGGAGAAGAUGAUAUUAGAAUUAUAAAAGUACCUUCGACGGUGACUUACGUCGAGUUGAUGGAUCAGUUGGAAGAGGAUUUUGGACAGCCGGUGGCCGUACACCAAUUCGAGGAUCACGAAGGUGACAGAGUCACUGUGCGUGGCAAGAACGACAUUAUCGACGCCAUCAACAUGUUUGACGAGUUUCGCUCAAUGUAUCCAUCCAAGAUUGUACAAUUCAAGUUCUUUUUAAAACCAACUUCUUCGACACUGACAAGCAGUAAUGCGAGCAACAUUAGUCACAUUAGUAAUAAUAGUAGUAACCCUUCAACAACAUCAACGACUGGGUUUCAAAUAACUGUAUCACCAUCCAACUCGUUUCUCUAUCAAAAUAAUAAUAAUCAAAAUAAUGGUGUCAAUUUAAAUUCAUUAUCACCAACUAGUAGUUCACAAUCCAUUCCAAUAUCGGCAACGUCAAUUAGAAAGGGAAGUAAUCCACCUCCUCCAUUGAGAACACCUCCCCCUUCACCUCCUAAAAAUGGUGGCGGUGGUGUAGUCGUAGUAGCAUCACCUCAACCUCUGCCUGUAACAAUCAACAAUAACAACAACAACAAUAUAUCUCCACCUUCACCUACGCUAUUACAAUAUAAUAACCAUGCGAAUAAUCUACCCAAAGACACUACUCCGCCUCUCAGAACACCCCCUGGAUCCCCAAAACAUCCUCCACCAUUACGAACACCUCCUCCAUCACCACCACCUUCUCCACCCAAAGGUUCCGCCUAUCUCAAUAAUUACAACAACAACAUUGGAGAAUUUAAUUUAGAUGAUGAAAUGGAAAGAGGGUUUAGAGUAAUGGAAACAAAUAAUAAUCAUAAUAAUAAUAAUAAUAAUAAUAAUAAUAAUUUUGUUCAACAUUAUAAUAAUAAUAAUAAUAAUGGUGGAGGUGGUGGUGGUAGUGGAAGUAAUCAUAGUUCAAUUGAUGCAGAUUUUAAACCAUACCCAUUUACAAUAUCUGAUGGUCGACCAACCACCCCAACAAGUAAUAAUUCAAAUGGCAAUAAUAAUAAUAAUAUUAAUUUUAUGAAUUCAAAUAAUUCUGGUGGCAAUAAUAAUAAUAAUAAUGGUGUAGGAGGAUUAAUACAAUUUAGAAAAGAAAGUUAUGGUAAUAAUUUACCAAGACCUUCUUCACCAUUAAUCAAUCAAUUGUUUGGUGGAGGUAGUGGUAAUAAUAAUAAUAAUAAUAAUGGAGGAAGUCCAAAUGGUAGUAAUAAUAAUAAUGCUAGUAAUGGAUCAGGAAAUAGAAAUAGUGCUGAUUUAUCAAAGUUUACUAAUUUCCCAACACUGAUUAUCAACGAACAUGAAGAAUUGACAACUUUACAACCCAUCAAAUGGUCCAAAGGACAACUGUUGGGAAGAGGUGGAUACGGUUCAGUUUACUUGGGUUUAAAUGUUGACAAUGGAGAAUUAAUAGCUGUCAAACAAUUAGAAUUAAUGGAAGUUAUGGAUAGCAAAUAUAAAUCGAUGUUAUUAUCAUUUAGUAAAGAUAUUGAAGUAUUAAAAUAUUUAAAACAUGAAAAUAUAGUUAGAUAUUUGGGGUCGUGUUUGGAUAGUACACAUUUAAAUUCGAUGCACGGCACACCGUUUUGGAUGGCGCCCGAAGUCAUCAAACAAACUGGACAUGGACGAUCAUCUGACAUUUGGUCACUCGGUUGUGUCAUUGUUGAAAUGGCAACUGCCGCACCACCAUGGUCAAACAUCAAUGAGAUUGCAGCCGUCAUGUAUCACAUUGCAUCAUCCAAUUCAAUGCCUGAACUACCCAACACUCUCUCACAAGAUGCCAUCGAUUUCCUAACUCUUUGUUUUAAUCGUGAUCCAAGAGAACGUCCUGAUGCAUCUGCCCUCCUCAAACAUCCAUUCAUUUCAAAUAUAGUUGAUAAUAAUCCUUCUCAACAACAGUACGUGUAUGAUUUGUCAAUUUUAACUCCACCAAAGUUUAAUCCAACAAAUGGAGAAUUGGGGGUGUCGACUGCAAUACAUAAAUCACCUCCAACAUCUAUUCUAUCAUUGCCAAAGGCAUUGAUGACACAUUUGUUUAGUUUUAUGCCUAUUAAACAAGUCAAAUCUUUGGCAUUAGUUUGUAAAGCUUGGAAGCAGAAAUUUGAUGACGAAGCAUUAUGGUUAAAAUAUUGUAAUAAUAGUGGUAUCACUAAAAAAUUAUCAAUUGAAUCAACUUGGAAAUCAACUUUAAUUAAUAAUAUAAAACAACAAAAACCAUGGUUUGGUAGUAAAAUCAAUCAAACUACAUUAAAGGGACAUAGUAAAUGUAUCUUUUGUAUUAAAAUAUGUGGAGAUUAUAUAUUGUCGGGAGGAGAGGACAAGAAACUAAAGGUAUGGGAUAUGAAAAAGACAAAGUAUUUGUAUAGUCUAAAGGGACAUACGGGCACGGUCAAAGGCGUAGACUACCAACUACAAGGCAAUGAGAUACACCGCAUAUUUACAAGUUCGGCCGAUUUCACAGCACGUGUGUGGCAUCCCAAGACUAAAAAGACGUUACGUGUGUAUGGUGGUCACAAAGAGGCUGUGACGAGCAUCAACUAUUUGGGUGACGUGGAGGGCAAGAUCGUCACCUCGUCGCUAGACUCGCAGAUUCAUUUGUGGGAUGUCGAGACGGGGUCGACGCUAUCUCAGCUAACUGGCCACACCAAGGGUAUCUACAGCGUCAAGAUCAAUGAUAACCCUGCAUCCAACUACAAUGGAACGGUUGUGAGUGCUAGUGCAGACUGGUCGUGUAAAGGUGGUGUCAUUCGUAUUUGGGAUCCCUACACCAACGACUCGGCAGCAGGUGUACGUACACUUGGCGGACACCACGAAACCAUCUUUUCACUCAACUUUAAGGACAGCAAACUAGUCACCAGCUCCAAAGACAAACUCAUCAAAGUUUGGUCAUUUGACGAACUAUCAUCUUCAUCUUCCUCCAUCUCAUCUAGUGGUGGUCAUUUUAAUAAUAUUCAAAAUUCAACUUCAUCAUCUUUUUCAAAUAAUAACAAUAAUCAUAAUAAUAAUAAUAAUAAUAAUAAUAGUCAUCAUUCCAACAACGUACCAUCUUCACCACAUACUAAUAAUAAUAAUAAUAAUAAUAAUAAUAAACAAUCACCAACAACAACAACAACAACACAAUUGGGAGAAUCAUCAUCAAAGCAUCAUCAAGCACCAUCAAACGAAUAUUAA